UCAAGUAAACAUCGCAGAGGAGCACAGAGGAGCUGAGCGAGCAAUCAUGGCGAUGAUGCUGCUGCAGCUUCGACUGCCCGGCGGCAAGUGUGGCCUCGUCAGCGCGCACGUGUCGAUGCACACCGCUCUCCGUCUGUCGUCCCUCUUCUUGCUCCUCUCUGUUACCUUCUUCGGCAGGAGCGCCGCUGCUUCGUGUCAGCAGCUCCACACCUGCUCAUCUCCAACGACCUCCGUCAGUCAUCCGGCCGCCGUGAGCCCUUCCGCGAUGACGGCGAGAACUUGUAACUUAAUCGAGAAAAUGUUGUGUCCGAAAGUUCGGUUUCAUGGUUGUGCCUCCUCUUCUUAUUCCAGCAGGAGCGAUGCAUGUCCGGAGAAGAUUGGUGAUGUUUCACAGCUUAAAUGUGCAUUCAAAUUAUUUGAUGCGGACUUCUUCCCUGACAGUAAGGUCCAGGAGAUUGCAGAGGGUGCAGUGGACUACAAUAUCCCCAUAAUCAGAGCAAACAGAAAAUCUGUUGCCUCCGUUGAUGGAGGUCUGCAGAAUCCAUCUCCAUUAGUUUUCAAUGCCAAGUGGGGCAAUGCUAGUGAACAAGUGAACAUCAAAAGCAGAAGAUUUGAUUACCCUUCACCGUCUGGCAUACAAAGACCAAAGAAUGAUGAAGAUAUUGCAUUUAUGAGUGUUGUUGGACUAGGAGAGCUUAUAAGAACAGGGCAAAUUACAUCUGAGGAGCUUACUAGGAUCUUUCUGCAGAGAUUAAAGAGGUAUGGCGAUGUGCUUCAAUCUGUCGUAUCCUACACGGAAGAAUUAGCAUUCAUGCAAGCAAAAGAAGCUGAUAGGUUGCUUGCUGAGGGGACAUACCUUGGUCCUCUCCAUGGGAUUCCUUAUGGAUUGAAGGACAUAAUUGCGGUACCACAUUACAGAACGACUUGGGGUUCAAAAACUUUCAAAGACCAGGUCCUUGACAUUGAAGCUUGGGUUUACAAAAGGUUGAAAUCCGCGGGUGCAGUUCUUGUUGCGAAGCUUGCCACUGGUUCACUGGCAUAUGAUGAUAUAUGGUUUGGUGGUAGAACAAGGAACCCUUGGAACAUCGAGGAAUUUUCCACUGGCUCGUCAGCUGGGCCCGCUGCCUGCACUUCAGCAGGCAUGGUUCCCUUUGCAAUUGGUUCAGAGACGGCUGGAUCCAUGACAUAUCCUGCAGCUCGAUGUGGCGUUACUGCAUUGCGCCCGACAUUUGGUUCUGUUGGUCGGACUGGUGUUAUGAGCAUAUCAGAAAGCCUAGAUAAACUUGGCCCUUUCUGCAGGACAGCAGCAGACUGUGCAAUCAUACUGGAUGCUAUUCGAGGAAAGGAUCCUGAUGAUCUAUCAUCAAGAGACAUUUCACUUGAUAAUCCAUUCACGGUGGACAUAACAAAACUCACAGUUGGAUAUCUAGAUGAUGCCGAGAUGGAGGUUAUUGAAGUUCUUAAAACAAAAGGCGUCAACAUGGUCCCUUUCAAAUUAAAUUACACAGUAGAGUCCGUUCAAGGCAUACUCAAUUUCACGAUGGAUGUGGAUAUGUUGGCCCACUUUGAUGAGUGGCAGCGACAGGGGAAGGAUGCUGUUUAUGAAGCUCAAGAUCAAUGGCCUGUUGAACUGCGCCGCGCACGCAUGAUUUCAGUUGUGGACUAUGUGCAGGCUCAACGAGCUAGGGGUAAACUGAUUCGCGAAGUAAGAGAAGGCUUUGAGGUUGAUGCAUUUGUUGGAAAUGCAACUGACUGGGAGAAAGUUUGCUUGGGAAAUCUCGUGGGAAUCCCUAUCAUCGUUGUUCCCACUGGAUUUACUAGCAUAUCCAAUCUGCCUUCUGGUGGGUCAAAACGAAGAACCACUUUGAACACUGGCAUUUAUGCUCCCCCAGAGAAGGAUCACAUCGCUCUAGCCCUGGCCAUGGCUUACCAGUCGGUCACAGAUCACCACAAGCAACGGCCGCCAAUUGAUGAUCUUGCACCAGAUGAGUUGGCUCCUGGCAGGGAAUCAGUGGUUUACCCUUCUAGACGCCUACAUAUGUGAGUGGAUAUCGUCAAUUCACUUUGAGAGAUAUCCGAAGUGAUAAGCAAAAGCAAGCGGCAAGAUCCGCUGGAAGGUUAAAAUUUAGAUAGUUGGUACUAAAAAUGUUAGAAAAAGUAAACGAAAAGAGUAAUGAGGGGACUAAAUGGGAACAAGAGGGAUCCGCCGAAGAAGAUCCUUCUCUGAGGGAGCAAUCCUUCUGUUUACCUUUUAUGUGUUAGACGUAGUUUCUGGAUUUAGUCGAUUUUAGGAAUAUCCUUGGUUUAGUAUGUCGGGCCUGACUUUGAGAAGCCCGAGCAUCCUCUGGGGUUCCUGUUACAUGUCCCGAUCUCAUGUAUGGCACAAGUGGGAAUGGAAUGAAACAGAAAUCGCCAUUCAGACAUUAUAUUAUGUAUUGUCGUUUGUAAUCGGAAUGAGGCAGAUUCUGCAUUUCCAA